CACUUCCUUCCCAAAGCUGGAAGAUUGCUAACUAGGCUUUGGGAAGCAGAUGGAAGGACUCUAGGACCCUGUCAGAGUCCUCAUGCCUCUUUCCCAAAGUCCAGCACCUCACUUACCUGGCAUUGGGAAGACAGAACAAGGACGGGGGAGGGGGAGAUCAAAUAUUGCCAAGGGCCACCCAAAAAGACCUCAAGUGUUGCGUGCAGCCCUCGGGAUAGGCAUUGGACCACCCCGGUUUAGGGUAACUAGGUACAUUUGACACAUUGUGUGUUGGUGCACAGGUGUGUACAAAAUAUUUGUGUAGCUGCAAUAUUUCUCCAUUUUGAGUCAUUCAUUUUACCAUAUGAAACAACAUUCUUUUUUUAGAAAGGUUUGGCUGCUUUCCUUAUCAGUCUGUGGGGCUUUCCAAUGUCAGGACACUUAGGUAGGUGGAGACUUCUCAGAACAGAGAGCUUAUCAGUGUUUGCUUAGGAUCUAUUGCCCCCCUUUUGCCAUAAAAAAGAACUAUAUUGCCUACAGGUGCCAUAAACCUUAAGAUCAAACUUUUCUCAAGCAAGUUUGAAUACAUAUCCUCCGCUAAAACAACAGGAGUCAGGACAUUUCUUCUUCAGCAGAGCACUUCCAGUCUCCAAGCUCCUCUGGUGGCAGUAGUUAUCAUUACCGUGCUACUACAGUGAGAUACUGCUGUGCUGCUUAUUAGGAGAAAAAUAGCUUGCACAGAUAGAUUGGGAUAGAGCUAUCUAUUGCAAACAUAACAAAAUUCUAAUAGUCAUAUAAGCAAUAGACUAAUAAAAAUAUAUCAUUAAUAACUAUACAGUAAAAUUAAACACGAUUCAUAAUAAAAUUUAGCAAUAAAAAUAUAAGAACAUAAUCCAGCAAACUAAAAGUUUAGCAAUAAAACUAGUAAUCUACAAAACUAAAUAUUAACCCCAGAAAAAUGUAUGUGUAUUGUACAGUAUAUUGUUUCUUUCUGUGAGCUGUAAAACUUAAUUGAUCUGAUUUUUUUUUAAAAAAGCUUUAGAUUGAAUGAACUUUUAUUCUAAACAUGCAGACUUCUUUAAAAAAAUAAAAACAAACCCAAAUAUGUUAUUUUUAUAUGCAUACUAAAAAAACUGGAAGUGGCAAUUGCCAUUUUAGAACAGGCAUUUGAUCUGUGCUUUCGUAGAACAAGGGAGUGCCUCUUUUCAUCCCAUGGGUAAUGGCUAUUUCUUGCAUAUCUGCACCAACCCUGCAUGCUGCACUCUUGCCUUGUUCAAAUUAUCUUCAUAUUGUGUGGGAGACACAGCAGAACUGCCCCAUCCCACAGCACAAAGGUGACACACCAGAUCACAUGGGAAGGGCUCAUGUCAGAAACAUGACAAAAUGGUUUUAAAGUGCCCAGGAACGGCUUGAUCACCAGCCACCUCAGGUGGUAGAAGCUGGAGAGCAACAGAACAUGUGUGCCAUAAGGCCUGCCCCAGCCAACAAACUAGCUCCCCAACCACAGGUGUGGUGGAAGACAUUGCCUUGUCCCCAGUGCUGAAGUAACAUUCAGUUGCCAGUCUAAUCAGUUUUCUACUGGGCAGUGGGGAGACGCAUCUUGUACAGGCGGCAAAAUUCCCUGAGUGAAACUGGACAAGUACGUGAAUUCUAACGAUUCUACAUUAGAGAAAAGCUCUCUAGAACCUCUGGGCUGAGGUGGGUGUGGGAAAACUGGUUGUGUGAUGCUCUCCUUAGCCACAGGCAUUGCCUGGUACGAAGGUCUGUCAUUAAGAAGCACGGUUAAAUAAACAGGUUGGGAUAGGAUUACUUUAGUGCCCUUCCCUUCACUUUAUGCCAUUUUAUUGUUCUACUAAUGGUUAUUAGAUUAGGUGUAUAAGAGCUCACGAAAUAUAUGCGGUGGAAGAAGUAUGCAAGAAAGUAAAUGUUUCCCACAGAGAGUCUAGCUUUUCUGUAUUUGAUGGAGAGACUAAUUUACCUUGCAUAGAUAAGUGAUGGUAUUGGAGGUGGGUUUAAAACCCGAUACAUUCCAUGCUUUUAUCAUGCUCAGUGCUGUGCAGCCAUUAUUUUUAAUGUAAACUUAUAGAGGCCCCUUUGGGAGAAAGGCCGUUAUUACAGCCAAUAUUUUUGUUCUUGUUUUUAAGAUUUACCCAUUUUUGAUCCGUGUGCUGUGAAAGUGCUCGGUAUUGAAUUGUAUUUUAUUUUAAUUUUUAAAUACAGUCCUUCUCGCCAUUGUGGAUAUUUCCAAAAUAAAUCUGGGAGAUUGGAUUAGCAACAUUACUCCCAAGGAGAAAGAACAAUGAUGGCCUACAGUAAUUUUUGUUUUCUAUCUUGCAUUUGCUGCAGGCAAUGAUAAUGAUAAUAGUAAAAAAUAAAAUAAAAAAGAGGAAGCUGUGGAUGCAUAGUCAAGUUAUUUGUUUGGGGGGGAGGGGGUGUACAACCUACCUAAAGUUAGGCCAUUAAAUUAAAUUUUAUUAAGAGACAGUGUAGCCUACAUUAGGAUGUCUGAGAACUUCAGUCUUCAUGCAUACAAAAUGACCUGAUUUGCAUCUCCCUGGCUAAUUUGCAGAUCUGAACAUCUCUAAAAAUUGGAUUUUGUACUUCUCCAAAUGUGGGAGUGCAAUUCUUGGCUUUAAAAAAGUAUCAAAGUGCAUUUAAAGUGCAUGGUUUUUCCAAUAAAAUAGAACAUUUUGACAAAACGCAUUGUGAAAUGCAUGUUUUAAAUAAAGUAAAAUAUAUGCAAAUAUGUUUAAAUGAUUUUGUGGCGUGGAUUUUCUUUUCUUUUUUAAAACAAAAAUAAGCCAUAGAUGUGGGAAUAGAAUGAAAUAGACUGAGUGGAUGCAUAUGAAAGUAAUAUGGAACAGAAGCAAACUGGCUUGUUCAGUCCUACUCUAGAUGUCAUUCAACAAUUUCAGUGGUGGACUCUUAGAGUGAGAUCCAUGUAGGUUAGAACUAAAGAUAAAUGGCAAAAACCAGUGUAUUUUAAGACAAUUUAUCAUGAUUUCCCCCUGUGUGUGUGUGUUUGCACAAAUAUAUAGGGCCAGAUUCAACUAAACAGUUGCUCUUGUGGGAACCGGUACAGUGGCUUUCUUCCCUCCCCUCCCCUCUGUGCACCCCAAGCUUGCCCCCAACACAGAGAGGAGAGGGGAAACCAUUCCAUCAGGCAUGCAAUGCCAGAGCAAUCUUCUAAUGCUUCCAACCAUAACUCCUAACUUGAGCAGUGUUACCAACAGAGAAUGAAUUGCUUUCUGACAUUUUUUAUAGCAUAAGUGCCUAUGGCAUACGCAAGUGGUAUAGGUCUACUUCAUUGUUCAUAACACUAGUCACUCAAUGUAUAGCACUAGCGACUGCCCAGUAAGGAUGUACAAAGGCAUUGAUUCAUCUUCCAACCUGUAUUUGUCACAUGCAGCGAUGCUUCCAUUGCACCGCAGUUUGGCUUCUGACGAAACUAUUGGUCAUCUCACUGUGAUGGAAAGUUGCCUAGUUAAUUCCAUUACGUUGGUCUACACAAUUCAUUUCAAUGCAAAGGAAGAGCUAUGCAAAUGCAGGGAAGGGAGUCAUCAAUUACAUAUUGUUUGCAAACUGAAAACAACAGUGACUAACAAUUGUGUUCACUGCACUGAUUUUUGUUUGACAUCAGAUGGAAAAAGAGACACCGGCAAUCUCUCCUCCCAUUUCUAUCAUAAUUCCCUGACAUCCCUACUGACCAGAGAUGCAAAUUUUCCUGAGGAAUAGUCAAAUGGUCUGAAAAACAGAGGAGGGGGAGGAUGCUUCCUUUGAUCUCCUUAUCUAGUGAGUAGAGGUUUGGAAAUAGAAGGCCUGGAUUUGAAUUUUACACCAUAGACUCAUUGCCUGAGCUUGGCCAAGGUGCUGUGCGUCACUCCUUGUUCCUCAUGUCAUCAUUACUCCCAUUUUAUACAUGUUGGAAACUGUUUCGGAAACCAAAAUUAUCCUACACUUUCUUAGUAGUAACAGCUGCCCUAUACAGCCUGAUCCUAAGUACUUUGGAUACAAUCCAGUGCAGGUCAGAAAUGCCGCUGAAAUAAAUUACAGCUCUCAGCUGCAAUGUGGGAGUAAAGAAUGCCACGUGGUAAAGAUCAGGCUUGCAAGAUGAACUAAUUGGCUUAAUGGGGUUUGAGCUAGCUUUAUGUGGAUUGCAGUCCUUGUGAAGAAAGGGGCUCCAUUAAAAUCACUGCAAUUUACCAUUAAGUACAUGAAGUGCCAAUCUAAAUGAAGGCAAAUUAAAAUUUUCUCCUUGCACCUAUGGUAAUCACCAGUACUCAGCAUCUUUUAAUACAUUUCCAUGUGUUUACUAAGGAAAAGAGUGUGGUAGAUGGUCUAGGAGUUCUAGUGAAAUAAGCCAUAUCUCAUGGUCACAGCUAGCUGAGUUUAUCACAGAACAAUCAACCCCCACCCCACCUUUGGGUUUCCUACAGGAUGUGUGUGGUUUGGAAGGAGGUCUCCCUUCACUCAGCUCUGCCAGCUACCAAGCAAGUGAUGCAAGCAUCACUUUGGCGUUGUGAGAUUCCCUUUUUCAGGGGUGGACUUUGUUUCAGAAAUUGCAAAUUAGGUAAAUUCACAUUAGAAUGUCAGCCAAACCAUUUGUCACCACCAGUGCAGGGUCAGUGUUAUCCAACCAAGUCCCAGUUUGCAUGGUUAUCAAGAGUUUCCAACUAUGGCUUUCUGUUGGAAAGCUCUGAAGAAUGUAAGAUAAGGAAAGCUGAAGGGGGAAAAAUAGUAAGAGUGUGGUCAGAGAAGGAAACCUCCACUCUGAUGUACAAGGAUGCUGUGUUCGUGAUCAGAGGCCAACAAGCCAACCCCCUCCCUGCAAGGUUGUGGUGCUUCUUCCCUUUACAGGGCUGCAGUUGAUGUGCACCAUAUAAUUACAAGCAGGCAUUUAUGGUUAUUGUUAAAUCAUAUGUUAUGCUUUGGAAUGGAAAAAGGGCAGAGGCAAUGAGAGAGAUUCAUUGUCACUGCUAAAGUCAUUGGGAUUAGAAGCAGGCAUUUCUAGCUUGAAACAGCACGGGAACUCCUGACUCACAGCAUCUGGAACACAGAGUAUUCAUUUCAACAAUUCCUGUAGCCUCGUAGGUUCAUGACCUAUACAGAGAUCUUUAGACCUCUGGCUAUGUUUGCCCAGUUUGGCUGGGGCACCACAGGGCAGAGGGAUGUAGCCCUGGAAGCAGAGCACAUGUCGCAGUCUCCGAGAUCUGAGAUUGUUGGAUCAAAUACCUGCUGCCUCUGAUUACAAUCCUUUGAAAAAACAGUCACCCCCCCUUUCAUCUGUGGUGUCUCAGCACAGAAGAGGCCUUUUGUCUCUUUCCCCCUUUCAAAGCUUUACAGGUUAUAUUUUAGGACAUAACUGCCCGUCCCCUGCUUUUCUCCCUACUAGAAGGAAAUCAGGAGACACAAAUACUUUUUUGUGCUUUAGAUUUUGUGUGCACCUGAUCAUAUGGCCCAGGAGUAGUGCUAAGCAAAUGGCAGGCCCACAAACUUUGGUAUAGUGGGGCUGUGCUCAGCUUGGUGUUUCAAAAAUUGUGCAGGUAUGCAAUAGAACGAGAUACCACAAUAUUUUAGCUAUGAUUUGCAUGGCAACAAAUCCCAAGAAGGCUGGAAAAAACCAAGGAUGGAGAAAGUGGUCUAAACCACAGAGCCUAGGGCUUGCCGAUCGGAAGGUCGGCAGGUCGAAUCCCCAUGACGGGGUGAGCUCCCAUUGUUCGGUCUCAGCUCCUGCCAAGCUAGCAGUUUGAAAGCAUGUCAAAGUGCAAGUAGAUAAAUAGGUACCGCUCCGGUGGGAAGGUAAAUGGCGUAUCCGUGUGCUGCUCUGGUUCGCCAGAAGUGGCUUAGUCAUGCUGGCCACAUGACCCGAAAGAAGUACGCCGACUCCCUCGGCCAAUAGAGUGAGGUGAGCACCGCAACCCCACAGUUGUUCGCGACUGGACCUAAUGGUCAGGGGCCCCUUUACCUUUAAGAACAUAAGAACCUGCUGGAUCAGGCCAAUCAUCCCUCUAGUCCAGUAUCCUGUUCUCACAGUGGCCAACCAGAGGCCUGUGGGAAACCAGCAAGCUCUUCUUCUCUUUGGCGAUCACUCAUAGCUGAGUAAGAUUGUCUUCCAUAAACACGGUUUUAACAAUGAGUCCGUAAGUGACUGUGGAGGCCAUUUCUGGAUCCAUACAUCCUUCCACAGUGGGGACAUUGGUUUCCGAACAGGAGUUGAUCACAGUGUGGAUUUGCCAAGCGUGCCUUCUUCUUAGCAUAUUUCUCCCUUGUGUCCUGAGUUCAAGCACCACCCAGCCUUCCCUUAGAGCCAGCCCUGUAAAGGCUGUUCUCCAAUUGGAACGCUCGCAGACCAGUGUUUCCCAGUUGUCAGUGUUUAUACUACAUUUUUUUAUAUUUGCCUUGAGACACUCUUUAAACCUCUUUUGUUGACCACUAGCAUUACGCUUUCCAUUUUUAAGUUCGGAAUAGAGUGGUUGCUUUGGAAGACGAUCAUCAGGCAUUGGUUUCUAACAACUGCUAUUAUGUGCUUGAAUCAACUGUGAGAAGUGCCAUACAUUGUUGCUCUUUUGUGUAUUGGAGCAGGGCGGAAGUGGUGUAGGACAAUUCAAGGCUAAUCUAUAAUGUAGUUCAUGCUUAGAAUUCAUUUUGAUUUCCCCCCUCUCAUUUCUAAAGCAUUUAAAUUGAGCAGUUCUUUAAACUUUUUGGGGAGCAACUUUUUUCACUGAAUAUUCUAAUAUGGGACAAAUUUCUUAACGGGUAUAGCUUUCUUUUGAUUACAAAGCAAGUACAAACUGGUUCUUUGAACUGAGGCCAUGUGAAAAAAGAACCAAGGUAUUAGAGACACCCUCCUCUCCAUAAAUUGUUAAAGGAAUUGCCACCAAGGGGUAGUCUCACAACAAACUACAAAUACAUUUUCAAAGAACGUCUUUUCAUAUUUAAUGUACAAAGAGUUCACGUUUUCCUAGAAAUGUCUGGCGGAUUUUCUUUGAACUUAAGAAGUUGCUAACUUCUUCUGAAUCUUGAGUUGCACCUUUGGCAAAGGCUCUUAUAUUUUCAAAGGUAAGAAUCAAAGUAAUAAAAAAACACCCCAAAACCUGGCAUACAUGAUAGUGAAAUCAUCAGAGUUUAAGGUUUGAAGGAACCCCAAGAGUCACCUAUUCCGAUGAUUUGUGCUAGAGAACUCAUACACCAAAACCGUUUCUUACAGAUGCUUGCCUAACACCUGUUUGAAAACCCCUGGAGAUCAGGAUUGUACCACCACUCUUAACAACUUAACCCAGCCAACCUGCCAGACAGUUGCUCAGCAGAGCCACUCGGCAUGAACACUGCAGACAGUGGGAUUGGUGGCCUUUGUGCAAUAUGCGGAGACAGAGCCACAGGCAAGCAUUAUGGCGCCUCCAGUUGCGAUGGAUGCAAGGGGUUCUUCCGACGCAGCAUACGAAAGAAUCAUGUUUACACCUGCAGAUUUAGCCGGCAAUGUACUGUUGAUAAGGACAAGAGAAAUCAAUGCAGAUACUGUCGUUUAAGAAAGUGUUUUCGUGCUGGGAUGAAGAAGGAAGCUGUGCAAAAUGAACGGGACAGGAUAAGUACGAGACGAAGUGCAUCUGAUGGCAGCAACAUUCCUUCUAUUAAUAUGUUGGCCCAGGCUGAGUUGCUUUCUCACCAGAUCCCUGUUUCAAGCCCCUGUGCUGGUACUGACAUCAGCGUUAAGAAAAUUGCUGGCAUUAGUGAAGUAUGUGAAUCUAUGAGGCAGCAGCUCCUGGUGCUUGUAGAAUGGGCAAAAUACAUUCCAGCUUUUUGCGAACUACGGCUGGAUGAUCAGGUUGCCCUGUUAAGAGCACAUGCUGGAGAACACCUUUUGCUUGGAGCAGCAAAACGCUCUAUGCUUUACAAAGACAUUAUUCUUUUAGGUAAUGAUUUUGUAAUCCAUCGCAACAGUUCUGAAAUUGAGAUCAGCCGAGUAGCAAACAGAAUACUGGAUGAGAUAAUACGACCAUUUCAGGAGAUCCAAAUUGAUGAUAAUGAAUAUGCUUGCUUAAAAGCAAUUGUAUUCUUUGAUCCAGAUGCAAAAGGACUGAGUAACCCAAUGAAGAUCAGGAACACGAGGUUUCAAGUUCAGAUCAAUUUGGAGGACUACAUCAAUGACCGUCAGUACGACUCCAGGGGACGCUUUGGAGAACUCUUACUACUUCUGCCUACCCUUCAGAGCAUCACCUGGCAAAUGAUUGAGCAAAUACAAUUUGUGAAACUGUUCGGAAUGGUUAAAAUUGACAGUUUGCUUCAAGAAAUGUUACUAGGAGGUACGUCUAGUGAUGCCUCGAAUCUGCACCAAGUUCAUCCUCAUCUAGCCCAAGACCCGCUCACUGGACAAACUCUGCUUAUAAGUUCAGUGGCUGCUCCUGUACAUGCAGAACCAAUUUCAACUCCCGAAACUCCUCUGCCUUCUCCUCCGCAAGGCUCUGGUCAGGAAUACAAGGUAGCUGCAAACCAAGUUACGGUUAUUUCACAGCAAUCUCUUCCAAAACAAAAGCCAUUGUGAUAUUGAUCAAUGCUUCUUCUUUUUUGUAAUACAUGCACUGCAUUAAGCCAUUGUGACACUGGAAAACUCAGGACAGAUAACUCAGAUCUGCUGUUAAAGAGACAAGUACAGUCCCCUUUGGAGAAGGUUUUAGUUUUGGUUUUUUUUAAGAAAAACAAAUCACUUUUACUAACUUUUUUUAAAAAAAGAAGAAGCUUGAAUUCAGAUAUAAUUUGUGGGUGCAAGUAGGUGAACGGAGAGGGGAAGCUGUUUCCUGUUUGCAAUGCAUUUGAAUCAGCAUUGAAGAAAUUUAAUUUAUUGUCCCCUUAUACAUGAAAAAAGUCCUAAGUAUCACUAGCGGAAGGCAAAGCCUGAUUUUAAUAGAACUGCAAGCUGAAAUUUAGAAAUAAUGAAACAGCGAAGCAAGUAGUUUUAACAGUUAAUCAAAGCAGGUGUCUCAUUUUCUUGAAUAUACCAUGGAGGUUGAAAGCCAAAAUACUUCCUGCAAGCAUCUAUGUGACGUAUGUGUGAAUUAUAUAGUGAAAUCCUGUACAUGUUUACUCAAAAAUAUGACCCAUUGUGUUCAGUGGAGCUUACUCUCAGGCAAGUAUGCACUGGACUGCAAACUAUGUGGAAGCAAAUCACCUUAAUUUCAAUGGAAUUUAUUUUUAAGUAAGUGAAUACUGCUGUGGGAUUUGCUUAAAAAUGCAUUGUCUUUUGCUCUUAAGUAAGAGUCUCUUGUAAAUAUGUUCUGCUUUUAAUGUUGAACUGUGGGGUUUUAAAAAGCUACUAUUUAAAAUUUGAACUAUAAUUUUUAAAAGAAUUAAAUAAGGAUGUUAGCAAAAAGUGAAGAAAAUUUUCCCCCAUUUACCCUUUCUCAUGAAGUGGAAAUUUUUGGGGGGAAGUUGAAAAAAAAGCACAUUUCUUCUGAAGUAUUCUAUUAGAAUGAAUAGAGCAGUGUUCUAAAAUAGCACUGUUGUAGCCAAUACACACAGCUGCAAUUUUUUUAGUUCCAACAUUCAAAGUUGGGAAUAUUAGUGAUUAAAACACUGGUACUAUGCUUGACUUGGUUACUAAACAAGCAACACUCUUAUGACUUGAUGUUGAAAAAGUAAAUCUAAAUAUUUUUCAGUAUAGAAUACAUUCAGAUAGCUAGUAGCCUAACAAGCACAGCCUCUGACUCUAAUUCUCUCUUCCAUUUUUUGCAUCAAGUGAAAUAAAUGGAUGAAAGUUAGACAAUAGACACAUGCCCUCUUAUAACAUGCAGUGUCAAAAUGCUUGCUCCAGUUCAUAUGUUGAUGGUUUAUAUUUUCAUCUUCUAUCUUCCUCUAUUUUCCCAGCUGGCCAAAAAAAAAAAAAGGUGUUGGGGGGACUAAGAAAGACUUUGAUACCAUAAGCUUAAAAUAUCAUGUCACACACUGGAUUUGCAUUCAAUAAAAAUAAUCAUAUCCAAUUUAAAAUGUCAUGUAACUAAAAAAGUUUCACAUACUGAAUAGUACAAUGUUAUGUGUUGUGCUAAAGGGGCCGCGGGUGGCGCUGUGGGUUAAACCACAGAGCCUAGGACUUGCCAAUCAGAAGGGCGGUGGUUCGAAUCCCUGCAACGGGGUGAGCUCGGUCCCUGCUCCUGCCAACCUAGCAGUUCGAAAGCACGUCAAGUGCAAGUAGAUAAAUAGGUACUGCUCUGGCGGGAAGGUAAACAGUGUUUCCAUGCACUGCUCUGGUUCGCCAGAAGCGGCUUAGUCAUGCUGGCCACAUGACCCGGAAGCUGUAUGUUGGCUCCCUCGGCCAAUAAAGCGAGAUGAGCGCCGCAACCCCAGAGUCAUCCACGACUGGAUCUAAUGGUCAGGGGUCCCUUUACCUUUACCUUUAUGUGUUGUGCUAAGUUUUUUAAUGAGCAAAGUGGGUUUAGGUUUUAUAAGAAAGUACUGGAUAUAUUUCAAUUUCCCCCCAAAUUUCUCUCUUUCGUUCUAGAAAAAAACAAACAAAUGGGAAAACAUCCAUAGAUUUUACAACUGUAGACCCUUCUGAUGUUAUCGGCAUAGUAUCAAAGCUGUUGCAGUUCAGUUCUUUCUCAUGCUUUUCCGGUAACAUCAAAACCAUUGGACCAAUGUCAUGGCGCCUUUCUUACACCAAAGUUGUUCCUAAUAGAGAUUGGGUUGUGUCAUAAUGCCCACCCUGGGUAGCAGAUCCCAGAAGGCCCUGCAGUAAAGGCCAUGGAAAAGUUAGAUAUAAGAACAUAAGAAGAGCCUACUCUUUGAGGCAAGUGGCCCAUCUAGUUCACCAUAUUGUUCUCAGAGUAGCCAACUAGACACUUAUGGGAAGCCUGAAUGCAAUAGCACUUUCCCCAAAGUGUGAUUCUGAGCAACUGGCAUUAAGAUGCAUACUGCCUUCAACAGUGGAGGCAGAGCAUAGCCAUCUUGGAUAGUAGCCAUGAAUAGGCUCACCCUCCAUUAAUUUGCUUAAUCCAGACACAGGUCCGGCACUGGCCCUGAGCUGAGACCUUUGCACAGGAAUCCCCAGAAAAUUCUUCUCCACCUGGAGUCUCAGAUAGCACAUCACUGGACCACUGGCAUAGGCAACAAACCAAGAGGAAACUAACAGCAAGGGAUUGGAGUGAAUUAGCCUGGGCAUGGCAAUCUGGGUUGAGUACCAUAAAAGGGUACUCCAGACCUAGCUGGAGUAGGUGGAUCACCGUGAGCUCUCCAAGGUCCUGUACCGCUACUUUGCCUUGCCCUUUGGGCUUCCAUUUCAUAAUGGGACAGGACAAGAUAGGUUAGUGAUGGUGAAGGAAGCAGGUCCACAUUGUGGAUACUUCCUAUCUGGUCAAGGUGCCUAUUGUUACCUGAGCAUUGCAGCAAGAAAGCGGAGGAGCAGGGUUUUUGGUGCUUAACAAUGUACAUAGCUCUAAGAUGAAUGACUAAAUGAUUUCCUAGACUGCCAAGUGAAAUGAAUCUCUUUCCCUUUUUGAAACUCUUAAUAUUGUUAUCUAUUUUAUACAAUGCUUUUCAUUGUUAAAUAAUAAGUAUAUUGUAAUUUAUUGAGAAUCUGAUUUAUUUUCUAGGUGUAAAAUUAUUUUUGUAAGCCUAAUUGUACAAAAUCAAAAUGACUGGCUUUGUUCGAAUGGUAUAUUGUGCUGAGCUGUUUGAACCAUGAUGUAAUGUAUGGAUGUUGGCUUGAGUAGCCAUGAAAUGGCUGCUGCAAAUGUUUUCAGAUAGACUGUUUUUCAUCAAUGCUCAAUAAACAGAUAUUGAAAACAUAUGAAUGUUAAAUGGGCCUUGAAGUAACUUUUUUUCUUUGCAUAAUGUAAACAGCAAUGUUGGGUUGUUGGGUUGCUUUUACAAAAAUUGGCUGUCAUAACUAUGAGCAGAAAAAGUUAAACUAUUAUUGAAAUCAGAUGAGAACCACAUCUCAGCUCAAACUGCAUCGGUUAGAGCUUUAAUUAGGCUAAAUUCCUUCUAUUUCUUACUCAGUUCAUUGAAAUAUUUAGAAUUUCUAAGAGGUGAGAUUGCUCUUUGGGGAUGGCAGCUAUUGUAUUGUAAGUUAAUAGUUUCAUUUCCUUUUUUGUUUUUUGAUUUUUGAGGUUUCGGAUCAGAAAAUUAUGUGUUAUUUAAUUCAGGAAAGAAAGGAUGAGAUUAAUUUUACUCCGGUCAGAUAAUUGUAUGUUUUUAAUGUAUAUGUCUUUUUCAGUUUUUAAAAGGAAAAUAAUUUACGGUCUGUGCAUGUACAUUCUAGUGGAUCAGGUCAAAGACCUACCUAGUUCAGCAGCCUGUUUUCACAGUGGUCAACCAGAUGCUUAGGCAUAGCCCUCAAGCAGAACAUAAGUGCAACAGCACUUUCUCCAAGUGGUAUUCAAAGACAUACUUCUUCCAACAGUGGUUGCAUAAUAUAGCUAGUGAGCUGGGUAUGUUUAGCCUGGAGAAGAGAAGGUUAAGGGGUGAUAUGAUAGCCAUGUUCAAAUAUAUAAAAGGAUGUCAUAUGGAGGAGGGAGAAAGGUUGUUUUCUGCUGCUCCAGAGAAGCGGACACGGAGCAAUGGAUUCAAAC